CGACAUCAACAAGUUACCACCAUGCCAAAACACUACUGUGACUACUGUGACGUGUAUCUCACACACGACUCCGCCUCCGUCCGCAAGGCUCACAACAGCGGACGCAAUCACUUGGCCAACGUCCGGGAUUAUUACGCCUCUCUCGGACACGACAAAGCGCAAAGUAUCAUUGACCAAAUCACGUCGGCUUAUGAGUCUAGUGGCGGACCACCACCCGGUGGGUUUGGAUUCGGGCCACAGCAUCUUGCGCCCAGUGGGCCAUCGUUUGGAGGGCCGCCCUCAUUCGGUGGCCCUGGAGGGUUUGGAGGUCCUCCUGGUGGAUUCCCUAUGCCACCGUUUCCACCUGCCGCGGGUGGGUUUCCACCUGGUAUGAUACCCCCUGGUGCACCACCUUUCCCUCCGAAUGGCGGUAUGCCGCCAGGCAUGGGCCCUCCUUCCGGCUUCCCAGGAGUGCCGCCUUUCCCUCCCUCAAACGUUGGCGCUCCUGGUGCACCACCGUUCCCACCGAACUUUGGUUCAGGAGGUGGCCCUCCUCCCAAUUUCAACGGUCCUCCAGGUGGCCAGGGCCCCCCUUCAGGAAGCUCAAGCAAUGGAUCAAUACCCCCUGGACCUGGAGGGAUGCAUCCCGACAGGCUGAGAUUACUCGGUCGGCCCUGAUAUUGAUCGGGAAUCUGCCUCCAUCCGAGCGAGUUGUCUGUAUCUGUCCGUUAUGGUUGCCUCUUUCCUCAUGGCCGACUCGUAUGUGUAGCGCGCCCUGAUCAUUGUCAGAGGUGGGAUUGGAACGAUGGUAACAGUUAGGCAGACGUAAAAUUUCUUCGACAUGGAUCAAUAAAUGUCUUUGCAUCUCACAUGCAUACCAUGUUCAUAUUCUGAUCUUGCCAUGCUCUUUUGUUCUUGCUGCAUUGCUU